AUGCAGCGGCUCCGGUUGAACGAAGCUCACGCCGUGUACCUGGGGCAGCUGGCCCGGAAGGACGGGGCCCGGCGGGGGUGUGCUCAGUAAGCGGAGCUCCGAUAACAGCCGCUGGCAGAGCCGCAGCUUCUCCCUCCUCCACAACCUGCUCUUCUGCUUCGAGUCCGAGACCUCCGGCCGGCCCUGUGCGCUCUACCUGCUGGAGGGCUGUACGUGCGAGCGGGGGGCCAAGGGGGGCCCCGACCGGCAGUUUUGCUUUAUUAUCAACUUUAACCAUGAAAAUCAGAAGCCUUUGGAGCUACGCACAGAAGAUUCCAAGGACUGCGAUGAGUGGAUAUCAGCGAUCUCACGAGCCAGUUACAAGACUCUGGUCACCGAACAUGAAGCUCUCAUGCAGAAAUACUUACAUCUGCUGCAGAUUGUGGAGACCGAGAAGAAGGUGGCCAAGCAGCUGAGACAGCAGAUCGAAGACGGAGAGGUGGAGGUGGAACGACUUAAAGCCGAGAUUGCAUCGUUACUGAAAGACAACGAGCGCAUCCAAUCAACACCGAGCAACGCUCAAACCGAAGACACCGACAUUAAGAAGAUAAAGAAGGUACAGAGCUUUCUGCGCGGCUGGCUAUGCCGGCGGAAAUGGAAAAGUAUAAUCCAGGACUACUCCAGGUCUCCCCAUGCAGACAGCAUGCGCAAAAGGAACCAGGUCGUGUUCAGCAUGCUGGAAGCCGAGUCGGAAUAUGUUCAGCAGCUGCACAUUUUGGUCAACAACUUCCUGCGACCUCUGCGCAUGGCGGCCAGCUCCAAGAAGCCGCCAAUCACCCACGAUGACGUCAGCAGCAUCUUCUUGAACAGUGAGACCAUCAUGUUUCUGCACCAGAUCUUCUACCAGGGUCUGAAGGCUCGGAUCUCCAGCUGGCCCACACUGGUGUUGGCUGAUCUGUUUGACAUCCUCCUGCCGAUGCUGAACAUUUACCAGGAGUUUGUACGGAACCAUCAGUACAGCCUGCAGAUCCUGGCCCACUGCAAGCAGAACCGAGACUUCGACAAACUACUGAAACAAUAUGAAGCCAAACCAGACUGUGAGGAGCGAACCCUCGAGACUUUCCUCACCUACCCCAUGUUCCAGAUUCCUCGUUAUAUCCUGACUCUGCACGAGCUCCUCGCUCACACGCCUCAUGAACACGUUGAACGUAACAGCCUAGAAUAUGCCAAAUCCAAGCUGGAAGAGCUGUCAAGAAUAAUGCACGAUGAAGUCAGCGAAACGGAAAAUAUCCGGAAGAAUCUGUCCAUUGAGAGGAUGAUUGUGGAGGGCUGUGAGAUAUUGCUGGAUACCAGUCAAACGUUUGUACGGCAAGGCUGCCUGAUCCAAGUGCCCAUGUCCGAGAAGAGCCGGGCAACAAGAGGGCGAUUGGGGUCCCUGUCCCUGAGGAAGGAGGGCGAGCGUCAGUGCUUCUUGUUCUCCAAACAUCUGCUGAUCUGCACACGGAGCUCCGGAGGGAAGCUGCACCUCACCAAGAAUGGGGUGAUCUCCUUGAUGGACUGCACUUUACUGGAAGAUCAAGAGGAUGACGAGAGUUAUGCAGAUAGACAAGACGCAGAUCACUUGGACUUCAAGAUCUCAGUGGAACCCAAAGAUUCGGCUCCCUUUGUUGUCAUUCUGAUGGCAUCUUCCCGGCAGGAGAAAGCGGCUUGGACCAGUGACAUCAGCCAGUGUGUGGACAACAUCCGCUGUAACGGGCUCAUGAUGAACGCCUUCGAGGAGAACUCCAAAGUCAGCGUUCCCCAGAUGAUCAAGUCGGACAGCAGUUUAUACUGUGAUGACAUAGACAUUCGGUUCAGUAAGACGAUGAACUCCUGCAAGGUUCUUCAGAUACGCUACGCCAGCGUCGAACGCUUACUGGAACGUCUCACUGAUCUUCGCUUUUUGAGUAUCGACUUCCUCAACACGUUCCUGCACUCCUACCGGGUCUUCACCUGUGCUGACAUUGUGCUGGACAAGCUGAUCGCUAUCUACAGGAAGCCAGUCAGUGCCAUUCCUGCCAGGUCUUUAGAGCUCCUAUUUGCAAGUAAUCAAAAUAAUAAACUUCUGUACGGUGAGCCCCCUAAAUCACCCAGAGCUACACGCAAGUUCUCCUCUCCACCACCCCUGUCUAUCACCAAGUCCUCAUCACCCAGCCGUAGACGCAAACUUUCCCUCAAUAUUCCCAUCAUUACCGGUGGAAAAGCGUUGGACAUCGCUGCUAUGGGAUGUUCUCCAAAUGGACACUCAAGUGCCUGCCCUGCUCCUCCUCCAUACAGCAAAACCAGUUUGGACAUCAAUAAACUUUAUGUGUCGGGAAGUUUCCCUAGCAAAGUCGGAGAGGGUGAGGAGCCACCGGCCGAGAAGGACGAGGAGCCAGUGACACAGAGGCAAAGUAAGGAUUCGGAGAGUUCCUGCCGAGCAGAUUCGGACACUGAACAGACACAAAGUGAUGAAGCUGAGACCGACACAUCUCCAACCCGCUCACCGACUACGCCAAUCUCUCAGCGUGGACGCAACUCUGCCGGCCGGGAACACGACAGCAGCCGCAGCAACCUAUCAGCAGCCUCUGCCUUUGCGAUUGCAACCGCCGGAGCUAAUGAGGGCACUCCCACCAGGUUCCCAUCCGAUCAGAGGAAUGGAGACAAGGAAUUCGUUAUCAGAAGAGCCGCCACAAACCGCGUGCUGAAUGUCCUGAGACACUGGGUGUCCAAACAUGCUCAGGAUUUUGAGACAAAUAUGCAGCUGAAGAAUAAAGUGAUCUGUUUCCUGGAGGAAGUGAUCCACAACCCGGAGCUGCUGGCACAGGAGAGGAAGGCCGCAGCCAACAUUAUCCGGAGAGAUUUGGACUCUGGUGUUGUAGACUUGAACAUCGUCUUAUGA